UACGCUCUUGCCUUCGCCUCAAUUCUUCCUCAUUCUCAAUUCUCAUUCUCUCUUUCUAUUUUCUCAUUCUCUCGCUUUCUCUCCCUCUCUCUUUCUCCCUCUUUCUCCCUCUUUCUCCCUCUUUCUCCUCUUUCAACUCUCUCUCUCUCCAUUAGCUCAUUAUUUCCUCUUCAACGCAUUCCGCAGCUUAGUAUUAAUUGACUCACCUGUCAUACGCAGUACAAACUUCAACCCCAUACUAAAUUGCUUCUAUGGACCAGGAUGACUUUGACAAUUUUGAAUUCAUCGACUAUACAACCUCUGGCCCAUGGGAAAGAUUUAUCGUCCAAAUUGAGGACUGCCUAAAGCAAUGGGGUCUAAUCCACAAUAGUUAUGGUGUUUUCAACCCCACUCUCAUGCCAACCACACCUACAAACGAUGUUCUUAACCUAAACAAAGAACUCGCGCUGGCCAUUGAUGGGGAUCAAAAGGAUAUACUACAGCACAAUCCCAAUCUCAAUACGACUACUACUCCUCUUACUGCCACAAUCCUUAAUCCCGAUAUUAGUAGUAAUAACGGUAGCAGCGGUACUAGUGGUAAUAGUGUAUACCAGCACAACGCCAUCGUGACAUUGGAUAGGGACUCUUACGUGUUGUCGUACAGCUAUCACCCUGCUAAAGCUAGAAUGGCUGUUGGUGUAGAACAGAUCGAUCUCGAUUUCCUACCAACCAAAUUGGAAGGCCAUGAACACCAUAUAUUGCAUCGAUGGACAGCCUUGACCCAUAUUCUUAUUCUUGCGCCUGCACCUACCGAUACUGCGGACGGAGACUCGAGCUCAUCAGUUAUUGUUGAUUUGGGAAGUGCCAAACUUCUUCUAUCAUCAUUUGCGAUCGCAUUUCAAAAUACGGGUUGCAACAUCCCUGUCUUUGUACCGACUGGCCACCCGAAAAACAAGACCUACACAGGCCUGUCCAUUCAGCCGCUGCAAUUGAGUACACAGCAACAACAUACUUUUGGCAAUGCUAUCGAGCUUGGAUUAGAAGAUACUCCAGAAGAUCAGGCGAUUGAAGUCAGGUUCAACACCGUGGUGGUAUCAUACCCCCCAGCACAGUACACCAACCUGUCAGGCAUUCUGGAUCUUUUUAUUGAGCGCAUGGGUAUUGAGGAUGAGUAUGCAUCCCAUGACAGUUUUAACGCAGGGAGAGACGGAACAAAUGAUGAUUCCAAUAAUGGCUACAGUCGGGAAGUCAAAGAACAGAUUUAUGUGUCUGGAUUGUUCAGCUAUCAACUCGAGAAUUGGUAUGAUGAUGACUGGCGGCAAUGGACCGAUGCAAGUAUUAAGAACGAUGAAGACAGUGACAAUGCUAGUGGUGACGGUGACGGUGAUGAUGACGAUGGCGAUGGCGAUGGCGAUGAUGAUGAUGAUAACGAAAACGACGAACUGAAGCAAUUGAGUAAAGACAUGAAGCGCUCACCAUUAUCAACAGUAGCAGUAUCGCCAAUAUCAAAGGUCCCAGUUCUCCCGCUUGGACCUAUUCAUGAUCCUCUCAAGACAUUCCAUCUAGUGGCAAGGUUUGCAUCAGCACCUAGUACAGUCUAUUUGGACAGUAAAAACUUUACAGACAUGGAAGCAAGUCAGGCCAAUAUCUGGACUCUGAGAGUACAGCUCAAACGUGAAGACUAUGGGCUGCUGAGUGGAGUCCUUGAGGAAGCAAUAUCAUCGUGGCAGAGAGAUGUCUCUAAUAGUGGUACGGGCUCUUCGGAAAGAAAAGAGCAAGAGUCGGAAAAGGAAAGACACUCUUAUACUUCUUUAUUAAGGAAGGGUGCACAGUUUAUUCAAGGAAACAUCGCAAUGGUAGACGUUACGGAUGUUGAGACAAUAGUCCAGACACUUUGCUCAAAGACGUCAGCAUCAUCAUCAAUGGUAAAUCGGCCUUCAAUUAAGAACCCAAAACACCAAAGGCGGAAAUAUAGAGACGUUAUAGAAGGACAGACGGUACGAAUGGUUUCUGCAGCAGAGUUGGGGCUCCAUUUUCGACACGCUACUACAGUACCAUUUGGAUCGCUUCUAUGGAAAAUGUUGCUGUAUCUUCUAGACGUGAUUUCACCCAAUUCAGAGAUAACUUAUCCAACUUCUUUCAUGGGUUUUUUGAAGGCUGUUUGGACAGAGCUUUUGGUUGAAUUCACAAACCAUUGGGAGGCUCGAGAGAUGAUACCAUUGGUCCAGGUUUAUGGCGAGAAUACAUAUACCUCAAGUAGAUCCGAUUAUAAACCCAACAACGAAGGCGAGACAGCAAUCGAUGACAAACCCCUUGAGUACAAUGGUGAUAAUGAUGAUAAUGCAGCCAACAACAGAACACCUACAAUAGAUUUACGAUUUAACCUGAUACAUCAAAAAUUGUCAAUGAUCAAUUGCUGUAUCGCUCGUGAAAAUGCAGAGCGUCAGCAAGAGUCCACGACGGAAAUCGACACUAAUAUUCUCGUAGAUGAUAUGUCUUCGUUGUUCUCGAAAGCCUCUUCGACACCGGUAUCAGCAAAGUCCACACCAGAUCCAGUUGUUUUUGAACUUUUGGAUACUACAAAUGAAGCAUCCCCAGAAGAUCAAGAGUCAAGGACUAACGUUGAGGAGAUCAAGGAUAACGAUCAGUCUGUUUUAGACAGGCAAACGUCGCCAGAAGAAGACAAUGAUACGAGUGAUAUAAGUAAGGCGGAAGAUCCAUUGAUUGAGGGCCCGGAUGCACUGACAUCAGAACCGACUAGAAGCACGGUGGAUGUACCAGCAGCAAUAGCGCCGACAGGUUCUUUAACUGCUUCACAACUAUAUGAGAAUGAAGUUAAGAGAGAAGGUGUCAUGAGCGCAUUCAAUGACCUGACUCUUUUAGAAACGGGGGCACAGCUCUUUGUUCCAAAACUUCAGGAACCUGGUUAUAUGACAGAAGACAUGAUCAAGCAGCAAGAAGACAUCUUUGAAGGUCUUGGAUCUUCAUCUGAUGCAGCAAAGAUACGAGCCCAGAUGCAGUCUGCCCAACUCAUCUCUGAUAUGAGUGCAUUUAAAGCAGCAAAUCCUGGAUGUGUGCUAGGAGAUUUCAUACGGUGGCAUUCACCCAAAGACUGGAACGAAGGAAAACGACAAAUGAGUGCCCGUAUGGCGGAUUCUGAUAACAUUUGGCAAGAGUUUUGGAAGAAAUCGGAACCUAUCCCUGCAAGCAAACAGAAGCCUUUAUUCGAUCAUCGCCAAGAAGCAGAAAAUGCAUUGUCGUACUUGAGCUCACUCUCUGGUACUGAGAUCUUUUCCCAGCUUCUUCCGACAAUUUUUUUGAUCGCCUAUGAUACUCUUGUUUCACACCCAGCAUCAAGUGUCAGCCCCAAAGUUGCAAAUGUGAUCCAAGAAUUGGCGCAGGAACUGACUGAUCUCGAUUGGUGCAGCCUCAAAUCAUCGGACAAAGACCUUGAUCUCAAACCAAUCCUUGCCAAAUUUAAAGAAGUGGAAUUGGUUAUUGGCCAGUACCUUGCUAUGGUGAGGAAGUUCCCAAGACAACACAGCUUAGUUGAGCGACUAUUAGAAGGAAAUGAGACAGUGGUUGAAGAUGGAUCAGAGCGUGAUUGUGUCUUUAAAGCAUUCAGAUUCAAAGGCAAUAAUAGCCCUGGGCCAUUUCCCGACCCUUUGUGUCGUGAAUUUGUGAUUGAGACGUUCGAUCCUACAUCUUUCCAUAUUGCAUCAACAUCGAUGGAGUAUGUUACGGGAGAAGAACAGCAAGAGCAGCAGUCGGGAGCCAGCUCUGUUGGUCCAAUCUCUGGUGGCGAUCUACCGGGUUGGCAUGCACGACCUCUCCAGCGUCGAAUGUAUGCUUGCUUCAAGAACUUAAAAGUCCGGAUCGUGGAAGCUAUCGCAAAGGAUGGGAUGUUUAUGUAGUCAGAGCUCAUUUUGUAUAUAUAUUUGAGUUUAUAAAUCUUACAAACUAAUAAUGACACUGAUUUACAAAAGC